CCAGGCGGCCGAGCGGGCGGAGGACGCGCCCCGGGGCGCUCCGGGGACCCCCAGCGGAGCCAUGAGGGUCCACGACAGGUACUCGACCCUUCCAGCCGAGGACCGCAGCGUCCACAUCGUCAACAUCUGUGCCCUGGACGAAGACGGCCGGCGCGGGUCCGAGGGCACGCUACUGAACUCCCUGUCUGUGGAUCCCGAUGCCAAGUGCAAGUUCGGGCUCUUCUUCCGCGAUGGCCAGCGCAAGGUGGACUAUGUCUUGGUGUACCAGCACCGGCGGGGAGGUGGCAGCAGGACUCCAGGCCGGCGCGGACAGCCUGGGAGCGAUGCCACAGUCAUUGCCCGAGGAGCUCGGCAGGACCAGCCGCUACCCGGCGCAGGGUCGCCGCUGGGGUCGGGCACGGCCGAGACCCCCCUGGACUACCAUGAGGAUGACAAGAGGUCACGCCGGGACGAGUACGAGGGGAACCUGCUGGAUGCUGGGCUGGAGCUGGAGCGGGAUGAGGAUACCAAGCUCCCCGGCGUGGGCUUCGUGAAGAUCCACGCGCCCUGGGCUGUGCUGUGCCGUGAGGCCGAGUUCCUCAAGCUCAAGAUGCCCACGAAGAAGGUCUACCCCAUCCACGAGACCCGUGGGAUCCUGAGGAAGAUCAACUCGGUGCUGCGGAAACUCAUGGAACCCUUCCAGCCGCGCGUGACCGAGCACCGGCCACAGACCAUGAAGCGCCUGUCCUACCCCUUCUCACGGGAGAAACAGCACCUAUUCGACUUGUCUAACAAAGAUUCCUUUUUCGACAGCAAGACACGGAGCACAAUUGUCUACGAGAUCCUGAAAAGAACCACGUGCACCAAGGCCAAGUACAGCAUGGGCAUCACCAGCCUGUUGGCCAACGGAGUAUACUCGGCCGCCUACCCGCUGCAUGAUGGGGACUACGAAGGAGAAAAUGUGGAUUUCAACGACAGGAAACUCCUGUACGAAGAAUGGGCCAGCUAUGGGGUCUUCUACAAGUACCAGCCCAUCGACCUGGUCAGGAAGUACUUCGGCGAGAAGAUCGGCCUGUACUUCGCCUGGCUGGGGGUCUACACGCAGAUGCUCAUCCCGGCCUCUGUGGUGGGCAUCAUAGUCUUCCUCUACGGCUGUGCCACCGUGGACCAGAACAUCCCCAGCAUGGAGAUGUGCGACGACAGCCACAACAUCACCAUGUGUCCCCUCUGCGACAAGACCUGUAGCUACUGGAAGAUGAGCUCGGCCUGCGCCACGGCCCGCGCCAGCCACCUCUUCGACAAUCCCGCCACCGUCUUCUUCUCCGUCUUCAUGGCCCUAUGGGCUGCCACCUUCAUGGAGCACUGGAAGCGGAAACAGAUGAGGCUCAACUACCACUGGGACCUCACGGGCUUCGAGGAGGAGGAGGAGGCCGUCAAGGACCAUCCCCGAGCUGAGUACGAAGCCCGAGUGCUGGAGAAGUCGCUUCGAAAAGAGACAAAAAACAAGGAGAAGCACCGUCAUGUCCCCGAGGAGGGCACAAACCAGUGGCAGCGGAGGGUUAGGACGGCCCUGGCAGGGGUGAAAUUGACGGACAAGGUGAAGCUGACGUGGAGAGAUCGGUUCCCGGCUUACGUCACCAACCUCGUCUCCAUCUUCUUCAUGAUCGCCGUGACCUUCGCCAUCGUGCUGGGCGUCAUCAUCUACAGGAUCUCCACGGCCGCUGCCCUGGCCAUGAACUCCUCGCCCUCGGUGCGCUCCAAUAUCCGGGUCACGGUCACGGCCACGGCCGUCAUCAUCAACCUGGUGGUCAUCAUCCUGUUGGAUGAGGUGUACGGCUGCGUCGCCCGCUGGCUCACCACCAUCGAGGUCCCGAAGACAGAGAAGAGCUUCGAGGAGCGCCUCAUCUUCAAGGCCUUCCUGCUCAAGUUCGUCAACUCCUACACCCCCAUUUUCUACGUGGCCUUCUUCAAAGGCCGGUUCGUGGGACGCCCGGGCGACUAUGUAUAUAUCUUCCGCUCCUUCCGGAUGGAGGAGUGCGCGCCCGGGGGCUGCCUCAUGGAGCUAUGCAUCCAGCUAAGCAUCAUCAUGUUGGGGAAACAGCUCAUCCAGAACAACCUCUUUGAAAUCGGCAUCCCGAAGAUGAAGAAGUUCAUCCGCUACCUGAGGCUGAAACGCGGCCGCGCGACUGAGCAUGAGAGCGUGAAGCGGAAACAGCGCUACGAGGGCGACUUCACGCUGGAGCCCUUUGCCGGGCUCACCCCCGAGUACAUGGAGAUGAUCAUCCAGUUUGGCUUCGUGACCCUCUUCGUGGCUUCCUUCCCGCUGGCACCCCUCUUCGCCCUCCUCAACAAUAUCAUCGAGAUCCGCCUGGAUGCCAAGAAGUUUGUCACGGAGCUGCGGCGGCCGGUGGCCGUCAGGGCCAAGGACAUUGGGAUCUGGUACAACAUCCUUCGCGGUGUUGGGAAGCUAGCCGUCAUCAUCAACGCCUUCGUCAUCUCCUUCACGUCUGACUUCAUCCCGAGGCUGGUGUACUUGUACAUGUACAGCAACAACGGGACCAUGUGGGGCUUCGUCAACCACACCCUCUCCUCCUUCAACGUCAGCGACUUCCAGGCCGGCACGGCCCCCAAUGACCCCCUGGGCCUGGGCUACGAGGUGCAGAUCUGCAGGUACAAGGACUACCGGGAGCCCCCGUGGUCGGAGCACAAGUACGACAUCUCCAAGGACUUCUGGGCCGUGCUGGCUGCUCGCCUGGCCUUCGUCAUCGUCUUCCAGAACCUGGUGAUGUUCAUGAGCGACUUCGUGGACUGGGUGAUCCCCGACAUCCCCAAGGACAUCAGCCAGCAGGUGCGCAAGGAGAAGGCGCUGCUGGUGGAGCUGUUCAUGCGCGAGGAGCAGGACAAGCAGCAGCUGCUGGAGUCCUGGCGCGACAAGGCCCACGGGCCAGGCACGGACCCCAACCACAGCCAUGGGCCCUCCGACCUCGGCGGCACCCCGUAG